GUUGUACCUAAUUCUUGACCACAGCUCCUUAUUGUUUUCAGGUUCUAAAGGUCUAGGGCUAUCAUUAACGUGUCGCAGUCACCCCUCGACCCCGUUCUGCCUCGAGCCAUACGAAUACUUCAAUCGAGUCGAAAAGGAGCUCCGCUCUCCAAUAUACCUCCGCAAUGGACAGCACCAUACAGCAACGGCGAGAUGAGAUCCUUGCCAAAAAGGCCAAACUCGCAGAGUUGAAGCGGCAGCGCGAGCUUCGAAAGGAAGCCUCAGCGAGACAAUCCCUUGCUGGCAGCCCCAGCCCAGACAUAGCCCAGCCCUCACCAAGCCGCUCCGACCAAAGACGCGACCUCGAAUCUCUCAUAUCUGGCCUCGUCGGAGACAGGCCCUCCUCUACUCGCCCAGACUCUCCCGCUCAGCGAGUGACACGACCGCACUCGGUCAUCAGUUCUGGACAAUUAAGCAGUGACAAUGAAGCACCAAUACAGUACGUGCCAAUCACAGGAGUCGACCAAGGAAUGCAAACGCUAUCCAUUGCGCCCCUUGCCACAGUCUUCGAAUUCGAUGCUGCACUCAAGCAACAAAAGGAACAGGAAGUGAUCACGUACAGCAAAGGAGUACAGGCAAAUAUCGAUGAUUGGCAACCACAAAGGUCCAGGGGGGUAGGAGAUAGUGAUUCCGAAGGCGACCAGAGCCCCACCAGUUCACCUCGGAGCAAGAGAUUAAGCCGCCGCCAAAAGGAGAGGGAAGAUGAGAUUCGUGCCAACCUCAGGAAAGAGAUCGAGGAGGAGCUUAAAGCGGUCCAGCAGCCAGCUCCUGAAGGUGGUGAAGUUGAUGGAAAAGAGAAUUUCCCAUUCAAGACGCUUUCGAAUGAGGAGUUGAAUGCUGUGGAGAAUUCCGACGAAUUUAUCGGUUUCGUCGAAAGGAGCACCAAGGUGUUGGAGAGGGCAUUGGAUCAACAACUCGGAUACGACAUUCUGGCCGACUAUGCGCUGGGCGGCGAGAAUGUGGACGAGGAGGACGAAGGCUACGGCUCGAGUGGAGGCAAGAAGGGCAGGCGCGUAAAAGAGAUCGCACAAUUUUGGGAUGAGCGAUGGAGCAAAAAGAGGAUGAUAUCAGAUCUCGGAUUCUCCUCAAAGUUCCCGGAACUUGUCCUUGCAUCCUAUACUAAGAAUCCCUCGGCGCCACACGACCCUGAUGGCCUCAUUCAGGUCUGGAAUCUUCAUAUGCACGAUCGGCCCGAGUAUAUUUUCCAUGCGCAGUCCGAUAUCCUCACCGCAAAGUUUUCCCCAUUCCACCCUAAUCUCAUCAUCGGUGGAGCAUACUCAGGCCAAGUUCUGUUAUGGGACACCCGCGCCAAGUCAGCACCGGUUCAGAAAACACCACUCACAGGAUCCGGUCAUACCCAUCCAGUCUACUCCUUGGACAUUGUCGGAACCCAGAACGCAAACAACAUCAUCUCAUGCUCGACAGAUGGUGUUGUAUGCGGCUGGACAGUCGACAUGCUCUCCCAGCCACAAGAAUUCCUCGAAUUGACGUCUCCACCACCAGCAAAGACAGAAGACAUGGCCGUAACGAGCAUUGCCUUCCCUCAGUCCGAUCCAACUUACUUCCUCGCUGGUACAGAGGAGGGCUCCAUUUACCCUUGCCAUCGUUACGACCGCGCCGGAGCAAAGGCGGGUGUGGAUAGCAGAGUGAAAUAUUCUGGACACGCAGCUCCGGUCAUGAGCUUAGAUUUCCACCCUGCUAAAGGACAGAUCGAUCUCGGAGACCUGGUGUUAUCCGCCAGUGUCGACUGGAGUGUCAAGCUCUGGAAAGUGCGCCCCCCGGCAGCGACGGGUCCGGCCAAUGCUGCUGCGCCAGGUGCGACGCAAGUGGUUUCCCCGAUCCUUGAUAUUGCGAGGGAGGACCUUGUCUAUGACGUUCGUUGGUCACCUGUGAAACCGUCCGUCUUUGCGCUUGUUGAUGGCGCCGGAAGCCUCGAGGUAUGGGACAUCAACGUCGAUGUCGAGGUACCUGUGCAAAAGGUAUCACCUAGUGAUAACAAGCGUGGUGCCUUUGCCACCAUGCCAAGUGGCUUAGGUUAUAUGAACAGAAGCCUCAACAAGUUGGCAUGGGAGAGGAACGAAGGCAAGAGAGUCGCUGUUGGUGGCAUGGAUGGCGUGGUCACAGUAUUUGAGGUCGGCCAAGAUCUCGGUGGCGUAGAGACAAGGAGCGAAGAAUGGAGUGGAGUCAAGAGGCUCGUCUCAAGACUCGAAGGCGUUGGCGAAGGGGUGAAUGGGAAAUAGAUUUCUCAUUUAUCGAUUAGCUAGCGAAAGAGGGAGGCAUCUUGUAAGGAGGGAAGGUUUUGAAGCUAUGUGAGCGCUCGAUUACGGCGAGAUGCGCAUCAUUUUAUUGGAGUUGUGGAUACAUCGCGGCAUACCCCCUCAUGUACGUUUAAUAUGUUUGUUUAUUGAGAAGAUGCGCUGGGCAGGUCUUGCCGCCAGUACUGCCCUGAUUAUCAUUCUCUUCCAAAACAAAUCAAGACUUCUUGUCCAUG